GAGGCAGUGCCAUGCUGCCUUUGUGCAAAGUUGGGCGGCGGGCGGCACGCCGCGCGCAGGGACCCCGCACACCCGCGACCGCGCGCAGCCGUGGCUGCUGCUGAGUAGCGGGGGCCCCCCCGCUCCCCCCAGCCCUUGAAGGCGGAGAGAGCUCGCGUCUCGCUCGGCUUCAGGGUAAGUCCAGCUGUGAGCAGGGUGUUCUGUUCUUCACUUCCAGCAAGCCAGAGAACAGGCAGUUCAAUCGCAUUAUUUGAAGACCUCGGUCGGCUUCACAUAACAGGGUUCAAAGAGUACAGAUGAUUUGAAUCUGCUUCUUGUGUUCAUCAUCUUUUCUCCACCCAGGCUUCUCACAACCUCACAACACCAAAACAAAACUUGGAGCAGGAAGGAAAAAUGUCACAAAAAGUGCACUUGAUAGCUACCCUGGCCUAAAUUACAUCUCCGGGAAGUGUUUCAUCACCCUCCUCUCCCCAGCUGCCACACUUCAUCAUGUGGCACUUGCUGCCCUGCUUUGGAUUUUUGAAACCAAGUCUUUGGCAACAGAGCCUAUUCAUCACAUACAUGGAGGAAAGGUGGAUCCGUGCUGCAGAAUCACAGUCUGAGAGGCUGUGUAGUUUUUGCACUUGGGCCUAUUGAGACAUUAGUUCCUUUGCUAUAAGUCAAGGGAGCUGAAUGACCGGGAGCUCCAAGAUGAUAUUGUUGAUGAGUGGGAUGACUGCUCAGAAUUGAAAGAAAGGUUCCAGAAACAGCAAGCUGGGUUCCUAACAUAUGAAAGAUACUUCAAAUAAAGCUCUAAAGAGUUUUAUAAAUGGACACUGACAUGGACUACGAAAGACCCAACGUUGAAACCAUCAAGUGUGUGGUCGUGGGAGACAAUGCCGUGGGGAAGACACGCUUGAUCUGUGCCAGAGCAUGUAACACGACGUUAACACAGUAUCAGCUGCUGGCCACCCAUGUACCAACCGUGUGGGCGAUUGACCAGUACCGGGUCUGCCAGGAGGUCUUGGAGCGUUCCCGGGAUGUUGUUGAUGAAGUGAGCGUUUCUCUCAGGCUUUGGGAUACUUUUGGCGAUCAUCACAAAGACAGGCGUUUUGCAUAUGGCAGGUCUGAUGUUGUGGUCCUCUGUUUUUCCAUCGCUAAUCCCAAUUCCCUAAAUCAUGUGAAAACCAUGUGGUAUCAAGAAAUCAAGCACUUUUGCCCUCGCACACCUGUUGUCCUAGUUGGCUGCCAGCUAGAUCUCCGCUAUGCUGAUCUUGAAGCUGUUAAUCGAGCCAGACGCCCUUUAGCGAGGCCCAUAAAGAGAGGGGAUAUCCUGCCCCCAGAGAAAGGCCGAGAGGUGGCAAAGGAACUUGGUAUACCGUACUAUGAAACGAGCGUGUUUGACCAGUUUGGGAUCAAGGAUGUGUUUGACAACGCAAUCCGAGCCGCGCUCAUUGCCCGCCGGCACCUGCAGUUCUGGAAAUCCCACUUAAAGAAAGUUCAGAAACCUUUACUGCAGGCACCAUUCCUACCUCCAAAAGCCCCUCCACCGGUCAUCAGAGUUCCAGAAUGUCCAUCCACGGGGACGAACGAAGCUGCCUGUUUACUGGACAGUCCUCUGUGUGCCGAUGUCCUGUUCAUCCUUCAGGACCAGGAGCACAUCUUUGCACACCGAAUUUACCUCGCUACCUCCUCUUCCAAGUUUUAUGAUCUUUUUUUAAUGGAAUGUGAAGAAACACCAAAUGGGAGCAAAGGAGCUUGUGAGAAAGAGAAGCAGAGCAGGGAUUUUGAGGGGCAGGCAUUGAGUGUUGACCCAGAUGAGGAGAGGGAGGAGGGCACCCCAAGGACACCUCAGGCCAAUCAGUGGAAGUCCUCGAGCCAGAACCUGUUCCAACAGGAGACUCUGGGGCUGGAAGCCGAGGGCUCGAUCCCAGAGACGCAGACUUUGUCAGGCUGGAGUAAAGGGUUUGUUGGAAUGCACAAGGAAAUGCAAGUCAAUCCCAUUUCAAAGCGGGUGGGCCCCAUGACUGUGGUCAGGAUGGACUCGUCGGUUCAGCCAGGCCCUUUCCGGACCCUGCUCCAGUUUCUGUAUACGGGGCAACUGGAUGAAAAGGAAAAGGAUUUGGUGGGCCUGGCUCAGAUUGCAGAGGUCCUGGAGAUGUUUGAUUUGAGGAUGAUGGUGGAAAACAUCAUGAACAAGGAAGCCUUCAUGAACCAGGAGAUCACGAAAGCGUUUCACGUCAGGAAGGCCAAUCGGAUAAAAGAGUGUCUCAGCAAGGGGACAUUUUCAGAUGUGACAUUUAAGUUGGAUGAUGGAGCCAUCAGUGCCCACAAACCGCUGCUGAUCUGUAGCUGCAAGUGGAUGGCUGCCAUGUUCGGGGGGUCAUUUGUGGAAAGCGCCAACAGCGAGGUAUAUCUGCCGAACAUAAACAAGAUGUCAAUGCAGGCGGUGUUGGAUUAUCUCUAUACCAAGCAGUUGUCACCUAACUUGGACCUGGACCCACUGGAAUUAAUUGCCUUGGCAAACAGAUUUUGCCUGCCACACUUGGUUGCACUUGCAGAGCAGCACGCCGUUCAGGAGCUGACCAAGUCUGCAAUGAAUGGCGUGGGCAUUGAUGGGGAAGUACUCUCUUAUUUGGAAUUGGCCCAGUUUCACAAUGCCCACCAGUUGGCCGCCUGGUGUUUGCACCACAUCUGCACCAACUACAACAGUGUUUGUUCCAAGUUCCGCAAGGAAAUCAAAUCAAAAUCUGCAGACAACCAGGAAUACUUUGAGCGGCACCGCUGGCCCCCUGUGUGGUACCUGAAGGAAGAAGACCACUACCAGCGUGUGAAAAGGGAAAGAGAGAAGGAAGAUAUUGCACUAAAUAAACAUCACUCAAGAAGAAAGUGGUGCUUCUGGAAUUCAUCUCCAGCAGUUGCCUGAGGAGGAAAAACAAAAAAGAUCGAUCAUCUGACCCACCACUUUUCAAAGCACUACUGUAAAAUUAGUCUUCCUGUUAGAGAUAAGCUGUAGUUCAGGUUUCAGGCACUGAUCUUCCUCCACUGUCGUGCAUUUAUCUUUGUGGGGAUCAAAGCACAAGCUCACCAUCAACGAGCCUGGACAAGAAGGGAAGUUGACGCUCACUGCAUUCCUUACACUUACGUGUGUAUUUUUUGUUAGAAGGCUUAAUAAACUCUAGCCUGUUUUUUCGUUUCUUUUUAUACAAAGGAAAAAAAAAAUUCAGCUUUCAUGUUUCAAAUUCCAAAUUGGAAAAUAUUUUUAUAUGGUCUCUUGUAUUUUGUUGAAAUGAAAAUACUAUGUAUUACUUUAUUUUACAGGCCACAAAUUAACCAUGAAGUCGCCCUGUGCUUCUCUUUGCCCGUGACCACCAAGCAUUAUGACAUAAUUAGAGGGUUAUCCUGUUGUUGUGAAGUAAAGGGUUGGAAGGAAAUUCCCCGAAGUGCAAGCUAGAGAGGGUUUAAUCUUUGUUCUGCCAAAUAACAUCGGUAUAAUUACCAAGUCAACUCCAAGAAUGUGUAUUUACGAUAUUUGCUGUGUAAGUGCUAGUAAUUAUAUGGUUAUAUGUGCCAUGUAAAAUAUAGUGAUAUCAAAUCUUCUGUUGUUUAGAAUAUCUAGAUUCAAGAGGAUAAUCUUUAUAAUCAUUAGAAGGGCUUAUUAAACCCCAGCAUUAUCCAGGGCAAACCCACUGGUGGACCUGAAUACAAAAAAUGCCGUUCGAGCAUUAGCGUUUGGAUUGCUGUGUUAGAGUUUAUGUCUCAGUGUUCCUUGAUCUUGCCAUGCUUCUGCAUGCAGGUUCUCCACGGACUUGAAUCGAGAUGGGCAAGGGAAAGGGUCCCCAGACUCUGUCCCGUUGUCUGCAGGCUUGUCACAUCUCACCACCAGAAACAGGCUUCCUCAGGUCUCUCACCUGCGGCCAACUUCACUUUGUAAGACAUGUAUUUUUAACUCUUCCCAGGGAAAAUUCACGUCGCUGCAGAAGUAGGCUAAGGCAGACACCCCCCCUUGCUGAAACUCAGCGGGGCCUGUGAAAGCACAAAGCUGGAGGCUGGGUCGUCUAGGGUCCCUGAAUUCUCCCACGCAGACAGGAAUCUCAUUCCAAGAGUCUAAGAAAUGGUGCUAUUGUAAGUUACUUCUGACCUUUGUCCUUGAGUUUUCAGUGUUAAAAUAGAAAGUACUGAGCAGGGGAGCUUUCGAGCGGCAGUCAAUCAUUGCUUCUCUGUAAAUUAAAAUGUUACAGCACUUGUAUAGAGCAUUUGAAGGCCAUAGCUCCUUACCUGCCGUGAAAUGUUGUGUGGCAGGCGCUGGGGCUUUUCCUAUUGAGAGGUCAACUUGCUGCUGCUAAAGGCUGUUGGGUUUUUUUUCUAGCUUUCAGAAGUUGGAAAAGUGACAGUUGAGUGCAAACCCCAGUGUUGACAGCCAUAUGCAUUUGAAAAUCUAUCCAGAUUACAGAUGGGCAUUUAUUACUGACAGUGGAUACAUACCAGAUAUGAGUUAGGAGAGGCCCCUAUAGGUAUCACCCUCUCGUGCAAAGGAAGAGUAGGGAUAGAUGAUUAUGAAUGCAUCUAUGUUAAUUUUUGGUCAAUGAGGUUGUAAAUCAUUAAUGGAAGGAGAAAAGAGACAGAAUGAGAGGGUAAAUGUCAAGACUCAGGAAGAAUCGGCGUAUAUCCCAUCAUGAAAUGGUAGAAGUUGAGUUUUCAGUGAGUAGUCAGGGUUGAAUUUACACAACCAAAGCUCCCAUUUGAUUGUAAUCUUUGCCAAACGUAAUGGACAUAUAAAUUAACCUGGGGUAUAAGCAAUAAUAUCCACUAGUGUUUGUUAUCAGCUACUGUAACCAAGUGGCUGGCUCAUUUGGUUGAUGCUGAUUAUGGCCUUUAACCAUGGUGGUUUGUUUUGUGUUUUUUAUUUCACAGAAAGCCAAUAAAAUUGUUUAGCUAUAAAA